GUGAGAGACAGAGGGUGAGACAGGGGGAGGGAGUGUCACUGUCUCCGCUGCUCUGAACACAUGUGUCCACUUUGUUUAUAACGUGCGGAAGCUUCAGGUGAACAAGACCCGGACCCGACACUGUCCAGAACCAGAACCAGAGCCAGAACGACCCGCUUCUGUGUCCGCGCUGAGGCAGGAGAACCCGGUGCCGAAGAGAGCCGAGACUUCCCGAGUCCAACUUCAGCUCACUGUGGCCCAGUGUGAUGUGACCGGUCCGUCCGUCCGACAGCUCCCUCUUUCUCUCCACAUCAGCGACGACCGAUCAGCGAUGACACAUCCUCAGACGGCAGGAGGAGUCAUGAACGGAGGGGCGGGGUCUCUUCAAAUCCUGAUGUUGUGGCUCCUCCCACUGCUGUGGCUGACACCUGUGAACUCCAAUGUCAUUCCAGAUGCCAAAUCCCCAAGCCAGACGUGGCCACGCCUGCAGCUGUCACAUGACGACCUCAGGAACAGCUCUGCCAUCUUCUGGAUGGGGGACGUCAGUGGCGGUGGAUACCAGACUCUGCUGUUGGACGAGGAUCAGGGCUGGCUGCUGGUCGGUGGUAAAGACCACAUCUACCUGCUGAGGCCUGAGAGCCUGGAUCUGCCUGCACGAGCGGUUCACUGGCCCGCGGUCAGAGAACAUGUGGAGCACUGCAGGCUGGCGGGGAAAAGUGUUGAGAGUGAAUGUGCGAACUUUGUGCGUCUGCUGCAGCCGUUCAACAAGACGCACGUUUACGCCUGCGGCACCGGAGCGUUUCAUCCACAGUGCACGUACCUGCACAUAGGAAACAGCAAAGAGGGGCCAUCCUUCAUGUUGUCUCACACAGUGGAGUCAGGACAAGGCAAAUGUCCCUUCAGUCCCAGAGAGCCGUUCACUGCCAGACUGACCGAUGGGGAACUGUACGCAGGCACCGCCGUCGACUUCAUGGGAGCCAACGCUGCAAUCUUCAGAACAACCAUAGAGGGCAGCACUCAGCACUACAUCCGCACCGAGGCGUACGACCACAACUGGCUUAACGAGCCAGAGUUCGUCGGUUCCUUCUCCAUCCCCGACACCCACAGUCCGGACGAUGACAAGGUUUACUUCUUCUUCAAGGAGAAGGCGGUGGAGGCGGGACAGUGGGACAAGAGGGUGUACAGUCGCGUGGCUCGAGUCUGCAAGAACGACGUAGGAGGGAGGCGGAGUCUGAUCAACCGCUGGACGACCUUCCUCAAAGCCCGACUCGUGUGUUCGGUGCCGGGACCGUCUGGCGUCGACACACAGUUUAACGAGCUGGAGGACAUUUUUGUUCUGGAGACUAAAGAUCCACAGAAUCCGAUCAUCUACGGCAUCUUCAGCACGUCCAGCUCCAUAUUCCGUGGCUCAGCUGUGUGCGUCUACUCCAUGGCGUCGAUCCGCGCCGCUUUCAACGGCCCCUUUGCCCACAAAGAAGGUCCCGACCACCGCUGGGUGGAGUACAAAGGCCGCAUUCCAUAUCCAAGACCUGGAACUUGUCCCAGCGAGACGUACGACGUGCUCCACAAGUCCACCAAAGACUUCCCCGAUGACGUGGUGAGCUUCAUGCGGCAGCAUCAGCUGAUGUGGGAACCCGUCCCGCCUCUGGGCGGCAGACCCGUUCUGACCCGGGUCAACGCGCCCUACAUCCUGAAGAGAGUGGUGGUGGACAGGGUGGACGCCGAGGACGGGCCUUAUGAUGUCCUGCACCUGGGCACCGAUGACGGGAAGGUGGUGAAGGCCGUGUCGGUCAUCAAAGACAACUGGGACACAGAGGAGCUCAUUCUUGAAGAACUGACCGUCUUCCAGAGUCCGACCCCCAUUUUGAGCAUGGAGCUGUCAACAAAGAGGCAACAGCUGUAUGUGUCGAGUGAGCUCGGUGUGGCUCAGCUGCGGCUCCAGAGGUGCGAGCUGUACGGGAGCGACUGUGCCGAGUGCUGCCUCGCCAGAGACCCCUACUGUUCCUGGGACGGACAGACCUGCUCCAGAUUCUUCCCCACCAGCAAGAGGCGAGCGAGGAGACAGGAUGUGAAGUAUGGCGACCCCUGGAGCCAGUGUCCUGUCACAGAGGACGACUCUGACUCGGUGGAGGUGAAGGCCGUGUACGGCGUGGAGGGAAACUCCACCUUCCUGGAGUGUCGACCUCGGUCGCCUCAGGCCGAGCUCAGGUGGACGGUGCAGCAGAACACGGGAAGUCAGUCACAUGACAGCAGAGCGCUGCCACAGAGUGAUGACGACCGCUCUGUUCAGAUGAAGCGGGGGUUGCUGGUUCAGCGCCUGGAGCUGGCUGACGCGGGCUUCUACACCUGCGCCAGCCACGAGCACUCCUACACCCAGGUCCUGGCCCGAUACCAAAUUCACAUAAUCCCCAGCCAGGGCCUCCACCCAGCCAGCUACCAGCAGAACCACAGCCCGAACCACGGGAGGACUGGCUCUGCCGGUGAAGCCGUGCCCGGUUUCCUCGGCCACGCGGGGCAACCUCAUCCUCCACCUUCUCUACCGGGACACAGGAACUCGUGGCUGCCUCAGCAGCUCACUCUGAAGACCUACAAAGACCUGCACAUGAUCGGGACCAACAGCCUGAGCGUGGACCAGUACUGCGAGCAGCUGUGGUACCGUGAGAAACGCCGGCAGCAGAAGCUACGCGCCCUGAAGCUGAAGCAGGAGAGCAGGAAAGCACGGGUGAGGAGGAACAACCCUCCUGAGAUUCCACUGUAGUCCACCUGCAGGACACAAGACACUGUCCACUGUGCACUGUCCACUGUCCAUGGACAACAGACCCUGUACAAGGAAAGACUGUUAUGUUCAUUAAAAAAAGAGUGGUAUAUUCUUAUCCUGUAUUUAGACAGUACAAAAAAAUGUAAUUAUUAAUGUAGAAGAGUUUUUGUCUGUGAACUUGUAUUAUUAUUAUCAACGUUUAUUAUUGUUUGGGACGUGCAGCGUGAAAAUGCUGUUUAACUCAUGGCGCUUUUCCAUCGUACAGUUCUAGCUCUACUCGGUUCUACUCAGUCCCGCCGUUUUCCAUCACCAUAGCUCCUCCUCCACGUGGGCGGGGUCGUCAUAGCGCGGCUGUGUGAAACUGCCGUGAUGUUAGGGACGUUUUCUACGUGACACAAACAGACAAUGAAUCAUUAGAAUCAGUUGAUUCUAAAUAUUUGUUCACAGAUUCGUUCAGUCACUGAAGUGAAAUACCAGUGAACGUGCUCACGAUCGCCGGCUUUCAGCAGUGCUGUCUCUAAAUACAUCUGACUCCUCUGUUAAAUAUGGACGACACUCUGUGACCAAUCAGAGGCCAGCAGUCUGUUGACGUUUAGUAUCAUCUGAGUAGAGUCGAGCUAGAACUCUAUAACGGAAAAGCGCCAACAGUCCUGUUCAGUGGUUAAUUGUAAGCAACUUGGACUGAAACGUGAAACGACUUGUAGUUGCCUACAGCUAACUGCUGAAAAUGCUAUUUAGCUAGAGAAAUUCAGACUAUCUUGAUGGCAUAAUCACAGUGUGUGUGACCAAAGUCUUCAAAACAAACUAGAGACGCGUACACCACUGACGCAGAGAUGAUAGCCUAACAAGUUAGCAAGUUAGCACUUCACGAAAAAUUUUCCAGCAAAAGUAUGGCAAAAAUUCGCUGUUUUACUACAGUGAUUUUUGGGGUGUUGGACCUUUGACAAAAGGGCUAUUGCUGCCUGUCAUUUGUCAUCAGAACUUCCUAGGUCACAGGACCUGAAGGAAUGCCUCCGCCCCCCCGGACUUGGAUUUCCAACCUCAUAUAACCCGAGUUAUGGCUGCCUCCGCACAAACUCUGCUACUUUUACCGUAAAACUGCUGUAGCCUGCUCAUAUGCUAAUGCUAACUUUGUCUGUACCACAUAACCACAUCAUUAAUGUUAACACAAAUUUCACAUUACUAGGUAGAUCCAGUAACUUCCUUCUUCAAAAUCAUUUUAAAUACUGAGGAAAUAUGUUAAUAACUUAAUUUUUUUUAACUUACCUCACAAGAAAUUCUUGUCAUUCGCCAGAAGUUAGCCAGCUAAUGCUAGCUUUUUCUUUACACCUUUGAAAAUGGCAGGGUAAGUUUAGCUAAAAUGUUACAAUUUCACUACAGAUGAGUUCUAGCAUUUUGGGGGUGGAGCUUUGACAGGACGGCCAGGUGUGACCUGCUAUUGCUAACUUUCUCGCACCUACUGACCCGUAGUUUUAGAGUAAUGACUCGUAGUUUUACAGAAACUAGCAGCCUGAUUCCUUUACUUUUAAACUUCAAUGGUUUUAAUAAAAUUCUGAACCAGGUUCACACAUCGUAUAAACGGACGACAGAAGACUUUGUAAGUGUUUGCCCAGUUUUACGGCUCAUUUCAACCGUUCAUCGGAAACACACAAUGUUUUCCGCGUUAUGUAUUUAUGUUUGUUCUGAGACGUGCUGCUCAUCUUCACUCAUGAGAUCUCGACCUCAUAGCUAUAAAGGCCUCAGUGGAAAACGCACACGUAAAAUCUGAAAAAAAUCCUUAUUAUUAACUCUGCCAUGUAACUCAGAAUUAUUAUUCAGUCUUGUAUAUUAAAAAGCUCUAUUUUUGAUAGGUUUUUCUACUUUAAGUAGAAUUUAGAUUUUUAUACACAAAUGUGUUUUUUUUCCUUGUUACUUUCUAAUAAGCUUAAAGACCCAGAUCUUAGUAAUCGAUGUGUUUUAUACAGAAUGUAAAAAAAAGGAAACUCACAUACAAAAUAAACAAUACUUUAAAAA